AUGGACGGCGGAUCAGCAAAGUACAACGUUGUCGUUUCAGGCAAUAACGAUAUUGCUGUUCCUUUCGAUCAUCAAUUCAACCUCGACGACGCUAUGACAAUGCCGGAAAACCUUCUGUCCAGGCAUCAAGCGGUGGUCCGUUUGGUCUCCGAUAUGCCGGCGGUUAAUCAUGCGACCGGAAGUUGCUCGAUCUGCAUGGAGAGUUUGUCGGAAUCCGAGGGAGGUGGUUCGAGGCAAGUAUCGUGUGGCCAUGUCUAUCACCAUGAUUGUAUUACCGAUUGGCUUUUGAAUGGCAAUUCUUGCCCCCUUUGCCGUCAUGAAAUCUCUGGUUAA